AUGCUCAACAGGAUUGAAGGUGUUCCGGAGUCAAGCUCACUUUCGAAACAAGGGGGAGAGACUGUGAAGCAACCAAAGAAAGAAAACUCAAAAUCAGUUGUAAAGCCACCUAUGAAUCCAAAGACAAAAAAUGAACCGAAGGAUAAUGCAACUUCGGGUUCGAAAGGCAAAGAAAAGGUCUUUGAUGAAAGGGUCAUUGACGAUAGUGUAGAAAAAGAACCCGAUGAGCAUGAGCUAAAAAGUAGGAAGGCUCAUGAAGCUCAUAUUGAUGAGCAUAAUAGAAUUGUGAGAGAAGUAGAAGAGAAAGAGAAAUUUGAAUAG